AUGCGUAACCUCAGAAAUGUGCGCCUCGAGGAGACGCACAUCGAAAGCGCCCUUCCUUUGACAGCUACCGCAUGGGAUACCGCAUCGGAAUCUAUCAUAUGCACUUUUGGCCCAACAGCAGAAAACCCGGUCAUCGAGCUGCGACGGAAGCGUCCUGAAGACACUUCUUCGCAGCCUUUGAGCCGUGAUGCGCUAGAAUGUAUUGCAUCGUGGGAUGCACCAUGCCCCUUGCCUGACCUCUCGUCCGAUCGGGUGCUUUCUCUGCAAUAUUUUGCCGACAAUUUGACGGCUUGUCUAGUUUUGGAGGGAGGUGACAUUAUUCUCGUCCGCGAGGAGCCUCUUCCCGGGGAGGACAAGAUUGAAAUUCUCGGCUCAGUUGAUGUUGGGAUCACCGCAGCGGCCUGGUCGCCCGACGAAGAACUCCUGGCUAUCACCACAAGAGCUCGAACGCUCCUGUACAUGACGCGAGAAUUCGAGAAUGUGGCUGAGAUCACAUUCUCCCCGGAGGAUCUCAAAGCCUCACAGCAUGUUUCUGUCGGGUGGGGAAAACGAGAAACUCAAUUCCAGGGCAAACGAGCCAAGGCCAUGCGAGACCCGACUGUUCCAGAAAAGGUGGACGAAGGCACGUUGAGCAGCAAAGAUGAUGGUCAGACCAACAUCACCUGGCGAGGCGAUGGUGCCUACGUUGCAGUGAACACCGUUGAUGAAGGUGCUCGCCGCGUCAUUCGGGCUUUGAGCUGGCGUCCUUCCGGAAACCUCAUUGCGGGAAUUCAGCGACUGGACGACCGCAUUGACGUUGUCUUUUUUGAAAGAAACGGUCUUCGCCAUGGGCAGUUUACUUUGCGGUUGACGACCGAAGAACGGGAAAGUUGGGCAUCAAGUAUUCAUCUUUCCUGGAAUAUUGACUCCACCGUUCUUGCAGUCCGGUUCAUCGAUAGGGUUCAGCUCUGGACGACAGGAAACUACCAUUGGUACCUCAAGCAGGAUUUACCUCUGACGAUUGAUUCUGCCAGCCGUCUUCCGUUCUCGUUCAAGUGGCAUCAGGAGAAGGCAUUGCAACUGGUCGUCGGAACUUCACUGUCAUUGCUAGACGUGGAUUAUGUGUUCGACAUUCAUCAUGGCUCCACCACCGUUCCAGACGACGUCGGCGCCGUCGCAGUCAUCGAUGGAAAGACUUUGAAGCUUACUCCGCUCCGGUUAGCGGGUAUUCCGCCCCCGAUGGCGCAUAACGAGCUCGAGCUGGACUCCAACGUGAUUGACGUGGCUUUCAGUAAAUCUGGCACACGCAUGGCAGUUUUGAUGGGCAACAGAUUUUCUGUCUUCUUGUGGUCGUUGAAGACUCGUCCGGUGCCUAUACCAAUACUGGAAUCAAGCCAUCCGCUUUCAGAUCUCACGCAAAGCCGCCCGCGACAGAUUGCUUUUGUCAAUGAGACUGAGGUUUUUGUUUUGUACAACUCCUCGGGAACCAGCUGUAUUGCGCGCACGGCUCUUGAGACACGAGACACUCGAGUCAUUUAUCAGACUCAGGAAACCGAGGAGCUGCGCACUAUUUUCGCUGGCUUGGGUCAUCCUGCUCUUUGGUUCUCCCAUUCCUCACGACCUGAGAACACUCUGAGCUAUUCCGCCUUGAACAUUGAUCAUCUAGACGACAUCAUGUCUGCUCGCUGGACAGAAAGUCCUUCGGCCGAAACGCAUUGGGCUCGCGCCGUAUCACUAUCUUCCGGAAAGAAUCUCUUGGUAUCUCUGACAAGGACCGGUGUAUUGUAUGCCAACAGGCGGGCGCUCGCAAAAAACUGUACUUCGUUCUUGCUCACGCCUACCCAUCUGCUUUUCACCACUUCCCAGCAUUUGUUAAAGUUUGUUCAUCUCAAGAACGCGGAAGGUAUGGAGGUUCCGAAGGACACACCAGAAACUGACGAAAGAUGUCGAAGCAUAGAGCGUGGAUCGAAGCUGGUCUGCGUGAUGCCAUCGAUCUUUGCCGUCGUACUUCAAGCUCCCCGAGGCAACAUUGAAACAGUCUUCCCGCGGGCAUUGGUCCUGGCUGGUAUUCGAACAUUCAUUGACCGAAAGAACUAUCGAGCGGCGUUCCUUGCGUGUCGCAGUCAGAUGGUAGACAUGAACAUCCUCCAUGACUAUGCCUCAGGACAGUUCAUGGAGAGUAUUCAGCUGUUUAUCGAACAGGUCAAAAAGGUAGAUUUCAUCGACGACUUCCUCUCGCGUCUCAAGGAGGAGGAUGUAUCGCAAACACUCUACAAGGAUACACUCAAGGUCUCCGAGCCUGAGUCUACAACCGCUCCUACAGCACUGUCUUCGCAUCGCUCGGUUGGCAGAUCUGGAAAAGUCAACGCGAUCUGUGAUGCGUUCCUUCAAGUUCUCCAGACUCGGGUUGACACUAAUUUGCAAAAUUUGGUGACCGCACAUGUUUGCAAGGACCCGCCUGAUCUUGAAGCCGGCUUGAAACUUGUUGCUAAUCUUAGGACUCAAAACCUGGAGCAAGCGCAGGACGCCAUCGAACAUAUGUGCUUUUUGACUGACGCAAACCAUCUAUACUCCCAUGCUCUGGGCUUGUACGAUCUGGAGCUUACCCUUCUGGUUGCUCAACAAGCUCAAAUGGACCCCCGGGAAUACUUGCCUUUCCUUCGAAAGUUGCAAAAUUUGCCAGAGACACGUCGUCAAUUUGAGAUUGAUAAUCACCUCUCGCGAUUCGACAAGGCGCUCAAACAUCUAUUUGUUUUGGGUGCUCACGACGAGAUCCGAGCUUUCACAACCAGACACAGCUUGUACAAAGAAGCUCUGGAAGUUUAUAAGUACUCGCCCGAACAGCUGCGUGAGAUUACUCGUAUCUACGCGGACUACUUGCAAAAUGACUCGAAGCACAAAGAUGCGGCCAUCGCCUACGAGUCGCUCGGUGUCUAUGAGGAGGCUUAUAAAUGCUAUAACCUUGCCCAUAUGUGGCGCGAGUCUCUGUACUGCGCCAUGUCGGCUUCAUUGCCUGAAGAAGAGCUGAAAGCCUUUACCAACGAGUUGGCAACAGCCCUAGUUGAUGAAGCUCGAGACUAUGUCGCAGCCGCCACCAUCUACGCAGAGCAUCUGCAUGACGUGCUGACUGCCGCUCAGCUUCUGUGCCGCGGGUCCAAGUUUGCCGACGCAGCCCGGCUACUGACCUUGCAUGGCAAGCGUGAGAUGGUCGAAGACAUCGUGGACACUGGUCUCGCUGAGGCCAUGGGCUCCAUGACGGAUCUCCUUGCCGACUGUAAGGCACAACUCAAUGCUCAAGUGCCUCGAGUUCGUGAGUUGAGACAACUCCGUGCCGCUGAUCCCUUGGCCUUCUUCGGAGGCGAUCCCACCGGUGGCGAAGGCGGCGUCGACAUUCCUGACAAUGUGUCUCUUGCACCCACUGAGGCGACAACCUUGGCUGGCCGUACUAUGUUCACCAGAUACACUGGCAAGACGUCCUCGUCCCGCGUGACUUCGCGUACGCGCCGUCGCGAGGAACGCAAGCGUGCCAAGGGCAAAAAGGGCACCGUCUACGAAGAAGAAUAUCUCGUCAACAGCAUCCGACGCCUUAUCGAGCGUGUCAACUCAACCGUAUCUGAAGCCGAGGCUUUGGUCGAUGCGCUCUUGCGGCGUGGCAUGCGUGAGCGUGCUGCCGCGGUCGAGAAAGCGCUUGCAGAUGUGGUGACCUUGUGUGCGGAUUGUCGCGACGAUGUCUUCGAGGUGACUCAGGCUACUUCGAAUCGGAACCACGAGACUGACGAUCUCGCGGAGGAAGAAGCUAACCUGCCGCGGCCCACAGGAGGCUCAGCAGUUCUGGCCGAAAGCAUUGGAAUCACGCUGGGCGGAGCUGGACGCAUGAAGGAACCUCCUACGGUCAAGCCCAUAAGCAAGUCUUCUCUCCUAGUUUAG